CCAAUGUGAAUUUGAAACCUGAAUGUUUCACAACUUUGGGUAACUUUCUCCUCGACAUUCGGCAUGUUUUCGGAGUAAAUGAGUUUCAAGAUGCGUUCAGGUUGAUCAUGAGUGUCUAGUCCGUGGAAAGAAUCUAUUGUCAGGCUGCCGAGGAUAGGCUAUUUCUCGUAUCGAUUUGCCUUUCCUGGCCUUCAGAGUUUCAUGAUUCCCCAGGCCAUGCCCAAUUGACCUUGCAGCUCUCUACUUCAAUGAGUUACUCAAGAUGAAGAAAUAUUUUGUUGCUAAAUGUGCCACGUUAGAGUCCUUGAAGAUGGCGCUGGAGACUGGGAUGUGGGCGUGCGGUGAUAGAAAGAUGCCACCUCAACCCAGCGUCUACCUGGAUGCAGCCUUCAAAGACUGCGAUGAAGUCAUUCUCUUAUUCAGCGUGAAUAACCAGCAUGGUUGGCAUGGGUAUGCGGCCAUGACAUCAUCACCUGGUGCUAGGGCGGAUGAAUCGACCAUGACAUCGUCAUCUGGUGCUAGGGCGGAUGAAUCAAAACAAGAUGAACCAAAUGAAACAAACUGGCAUCGCUUCCGGAUAGACUGGAAGACGAUCUUCAUGGCCGAGUUUGGAGAACAGUGUCUGCCAUUUGAAAAGACUGCUCACCUCGUUGUGGAAACUCUCAGUGAAGGAACGCUGCCUUUGAAUAAGACAAGGAACUAUGAGGAAGUGCCAUCUGUGGUUGGUGGGGAGUUUUGUGCGUUAUUGGAUGAGCAUUAUAAGCUGUUGGUCCUCAAGAAGGAACAGAAACUUGAGGCAAAACUCAAGGUACAACCAGAUGCAUUCUUCAUCCCAGAGAGUGACUUAUCCAUCGAUGCUGUGUGGAGGAAGCUGAUAUCAAAAGUGGAGACUCACGGCACGAUCCUAUUGGCUUGUCCAUUUGGAAGCCAGAGGUACAAUCUCUCCACACCAGACAGUGAUGUUGAUAUGUUCAUUGUUUACACUGCUGAUACAAGAGAUGUCCUUGGUUUUAACCCUCCUCAGACGACAAUCAAGAACCGGGAGAGUGAGACCUUCGACUACACGAUCCUGGAGGUGCAUCGAUAUUGUGAACUGUUACUUGGCGGAGAUCCCAAAUGUGUCGAGACGUUGUUUAUGGAGCCGAUGACGAUUCGUCAUGCUGAUCCAAUAUGGCGGCAGCUCUGUGAAAACAGACGUCUCUUUCUUACUAGGUCCUGCCUUGAGAAAUACCUCCGUGAUGCUCAGGGUUCAAAAGGGACCAAGUACAUCAACCGACUCCUGCAGCAGCACAAAGAUGGCGCCACUGUGAAGAAACUCCAAAAGGUGUUCUAUGUGGUGGUACGGUUACUGCAGAAUGCUUUGGAUAUCGCGACAGGUCAAGAUCUCCAGGUUUUCCGCCAAGAAUCGUCAGAAGAAUGGAAACUUCUUCGUGGAAUCAGGACGGGAGGUUUAGAAUCAGACCAGAUUCAGGAGAUUAUAACCAGUCUGACGAAGUCAAUAGAAACCUCCACAGAGACGAUGCCUCGUGCCGAUACUGAACAAGCAAAGACUUUACUCCAAGACUGGUUACUCAAACUCAGAUACGAAAACUUGAAACAUUUCAUGGAGUCGAAAUACUCUUGACAGGGAUUUAGUCGAUUCAAUGGACGGUGAUUUGGUGCAUUAUUUCUUUAUUUUGUGUCUGAAAUUCCAUCAGAUAUUUUGUACUGCAAGGAUGAGACACAUCUCGUUUGGAAGCAGUCAUAGUGAAAGGAACUUGGAGCAGAAUGUCCCCCUUGAAGUGAUUGUUGUCGAUUCCCGUGCUGUAAACCUUCAUGUUAUCACUACCCAGACUUGGUAGGGAUGGGGUCCCCACCCAACUGUGUCUUUCUCUCCAGAAUGUGACCCACAUUAAGUCUUGUCUUAGACCCAAGGAGUGGUGUAUCCAUCAGUUGCCCAACUCGAGUAUGAGUAGAGGGACAGCACAACCUGUGUCUUUCCAAAACGUGUCUUUUCCCGUGCAUUCCUUUACAUCAUCCAUCCAAAUCCUCUUAGGUCAACCAGGUCUUCGGUUGCCUUCUACUGUACCCUGAUGUUCAGGUGUUCUGUGCCCUGAUGUUCAGGUGUUCUGUGCCCUGAUGUUCAGGUGUUCUGUGCCCUGAUGUUCAGGUGUUCUGUGCCCUGAUGUUCAGGUGUUCAACAGACAAAUGCCAAUUUGUCAAAUGGCGUUCAACGGUCGUGCUGUUAUGGCAACACCACAGGUCACAGAAAGAACAAUCGCCUGUUUGCAGAGCAGCCAAGCUUUCAUCAGAGAAAGGAAAGACUUCAACUCAAAGCUAAACAUCAGCAUAACUUUAUUGCUAUACAUCUGAUAACUGUACAACAAU